UCGUUCGUCUAUAUAUAGAUUAUAUACACCCAAUCACGAGACAGAAGAAAUUUCCGGAAGGAAGCGGAGGAUUGGGGAAAGUCAAGCCCUAGCGGAAGCCAAAAGCAAGCCAACUACUUUUCUCCGAUCUCCGCCUUCUUCGCUUUAUUCUCCGAAUCAGAUUUGUGGUGUAGUUUGGAAUAAGGCUUUAAGUUUUGGACUUCCGAGUAGAUCGUGGUUUUGGGUUGUGCUCUUCUGCACAUAAGAUGUACUUCUGGUCAUCAUCAUACCAACAUGCAGGUAUUGAGCUGGUUUUUAUUUCUGAAUGGAUGCCAAGAGGUUCAUCCAAUUGGUCGAAGAGAAAAAGAAGAGAGCUUUGGAGAAGAAAGAAGCCCCUUUGAAAUGGGAGAAGAAGCUAGAAGCUGCUGUCAAGGCAAAGGCUGAUGCAGAUGCCAAAGAGAGGAAGCUGAAGGCUGCAAAGCAUAAAAGAAGAUCUAUGUCUGAUUCUGAUGGUGACAGUGAUAGUGGCAGCAGUGAUGGGGGAAGAAAGUCAAAUAAAAGAACCCACAAGAGGCACAGGAAGCAUGCCCACUCUGACUCAGGUGGUGACAAUGAAAAGAGGAAGGAUAAGAAAUCCAAGCGAAAGCCAAAGAGACAAUUCUCUAGCUCAAAUGAUGAUAGCUUUGAUGAAUGUGGGAGUGGCUCUGAUGAAGAUAGGAAGAGAAAGAAACGAAACCACAAACGGCACAGGCAUCAUGAUUUGAGAUCAGAUUCUAGUGCUGAUGGUUCAAGUGAUGAUGAAUGGGAGGCAAUCAAGAGGAGAGGGCAUUCGAAGCGCCACAAGCACCACAGGCGAUUGGAAUCUAAUGUUUCAGAUUCUUCUAGUGAGAAGGAUGAUGACAUAAGUCGUAGGAGAAGUCAUGCAAAGCACCACAAACGUCAUCGCCAGCCUGAGUGUAGUGCUUCAGAUUCUUCAGGUGAUGAGGUAAACGGUGCCUUUGGGAGAAGAAACCAUGCAAAGCACCAUAAACGUCAUAGACGAUCACAUAGUGUGGACUCAAAGUCAUCUGAUUCAAGUGGCCCCAGAUGCCACCGAAGGAGUGAAUCUAUCGGAAAGUUGUCAGAUGACAACCAUGAACACGCGGGUAGAAGAGCAAGGCACAAGGUUUGUGACCACCAAGGCCACCACCACAAACAUCGGAUCUGCCAUAACUCAGAUGAGGGUAAAAAUCAUUCACCCAAAUCAGAGCCUAAUGGAAAGAAUGAGGAUUUGGGCAAGAUUGAGAUUGAUAAUGCUGCUCAUGAUGGUGACAAAUAGGGAGAUUUCUGAUAUCGGGGUUGAUCAAUUUACCACGCUGUUAUCAUUGCUUUGCUUUGUGUUUGAUUUGGCAGAUUUUGUGGUAUUUUAAAGCAGACAGCAACUGCCUGUUAUUUGUGGUGAAAUUUCUCUCGUUUGAACUUGAUUAGUAAUUCAAGAUGCCUAACCUAUUUUUAACAAA